AUGAGCCGCGUUAAACUUCUCUCUUCUCAGUCCGUCGGUACACCGCCGUGGUAUCAAAAUACAACCUCGGCUUACCUAUCAAGGCCGCGCAGAAUGAGUCUAUCCCGUCGGCGCGAAAACACGUCGAAGGCGGCGCUCCUCCCACCUGAAAUCCUUCUUAUCGUCUUCUACAAUCUUCCGAGGGAGUACAUGAACAACGACUGGCCUCGAAUGUCUAUUGAGAACACCUACUUCUCCACCAUUCCACUGGUCUGUACGCAAUGGCGUGGACCGGCUACUGCCGCACUCUAUACGACCGUUCGCACAUAUACAUUCUAUCAAACCCAAAAGCUAUAUCAUGCACUCACCCAAAGUGACUCACAGAGGGCCUCUAAGAGAGAUUUAAAGAGCCUCGUCAAGACGCUCAUUCUCCCAACCCGCUUCACGGCGGACUGUGCGCCGUUUGUGAGUGCCCUCUUCCUCCGUGUGAUCGCACUGCUGCGAAAUCUCGACGAACUCUACUGCGACUUUGUCUGGAAUACCAACUUUGCCAAACUCAGGCUGCCUUUGGAUCGAAUAGGCCCAGGGUAUACAUUACCCGUCGACAUUUCGCGCUUUCACGGACUCACUUUUCUCUCCCUCUUUGGGAAUAUCAACUACCCAAAGGAGUUGCCCAGCCAAAUCACCGCACUUCGCCAUCUCCGAUGUCUCUACCUCGUCGGAUUCACCCUUCCUCAACCAUUUGACCCUCUUAGUCCAUAUACUCCCCCCUUGCCCUAUCUCGAGGAGAUAACAAUUGGGAUGAGCAACAUGUUUGGCCUCCUCGACUGUUAUCUUCUCGCAUGCCCAAAUCUAAAGACGUUGGGGACUUUUAGCAUCACAGAGAGACAAGAUCCCCCAACGGAAUUGUUACGACGAGGAAACAUCACAUUCCUCGCACUCAUAUACUGUCCACUUUUCGACUCACUUGGUCCACAAUGGCUCUUGCCUUGCAGAACACUUACCAAGGUUCACAUCACCCCCGAAGUUUUCAAUAACUCGCCUUUGGAUUUCCCAAUGAAACUGGACGAGCUGCGCGUGUGGACGUACGAGUCGCGAAAGCUGCUCAUGCCCGAGUUCAUUAGCUAUAUCGAACGCGGUCCAAAGCUGGGUAAGCUCAUCGUGGAAGUGUAUCAUUCCCCACAAUACUUUGAGACGUACCGCCAACCCUUGGUGGAAGCGUGCGCCAAGCGAGGGGUGCCGCUCGAGCUCAAGGAUGCGUACUGUAACUGUAGUCAUCAUAAACCGGCGAGCGAGUCGUUUCUUUCCUUUAAGAUUCGCCGGAGGUGGUCUGCCCCAGAUCUUUUGGGAAAAACCAUCGUUCAACGUGAAGAGGACGAGGAGAUGAAAAGCGACCUAUGGGUGGCAGAGGAAUGA